GAGAUUUUGUGCGGAGAUAGAGGUUUGAGAUCAUUGCUUCGUAGUCAUGCAGAAGACUAAGACAGCUUGGUGAAAAUAUGGAGUGUUACAAGCGAGGCUUUCAAACUGGUGAAGAGGCAUAGUGUUGCCAUGUCUCUUCUUGAUAAUAUGCUUCAACUCUACACUUUGGAGAUAAGUUCAUUAAUCUCUGGACAGGUUAAUGAAAAGUCUUUGCACAAAUAAUAACUAUAAAUACUCACUAAAACUCAGAGAAUGGUGCAGGAAAAGAAAUAGAAGGCUCAGUCAUCAUGCUUGAGUCCAUAAGCCCCAAAGUCAUUGCUAA